AAUCGAAAACAAUGGAUUGUGUGAAUUGAAAAAGUUUCCUUCCCAAUGUUUCAAUCGUGUCAAAAUUCAAAAAAACACAUUUUGGCAUAAUGAUUUUACGUGAAAAAUGGAUUCAAUCGUAUUUUGUGUUUGCAAUUUUAGUCGGUGCAUCAUUAUUUUUGUAUGGUUUUUUCCCACUCAGUUAUACUAGUAACGAACGUGCUGAAUCGGAUGAUUUGCCCACAUUUCUUGACGAUAUUCCUCUUAAUAAAUCAAUCUACCGCCGGCAUGUUUCACGCACAGUGCUUAUGGUAAUUGAUGCAAUGCGAACCGAUUUUCUCUACAAUCAACAAAAUACCUCAAUGAAGUAUCUUAAUAAAAUAAUCAACGAUAGAACUGCAUGCAUGAUUAAUUUAAAUGUGGACGUACCAACGGUGACAAUGCCAAGAAUUAAGGCAAUGACAACUGGAACGGUUCCGAAUUUCAUCGAUGUCGUGAUGAAUUUGGGAAGCUCUGAGCUACAUAUGGAUUCUCUAUUACAUCAAGCAUACGACAAUGGUAGAAACAUCGUCUUUUGCGGCGAUAAUACCUGGGUUAAAAUGUUUCCAAACAUGUUCCUCCGGCAACUUGAAAAUGAAGACUCAUUGUAUGUGAAUGACUUUUACGAAGGCGAUAAGAAUAUUACAAAGAAAUUAAGCGUUGAAUUGAAACGAAACGAUUGGGAACUGUUAAUCUUACACUUUCUUGGACUUGAUCACAUUGGUCAUGUGGAAGGACCAUUUAGUUCUAAAGUGCCGAAUAAACUUCGAGAAAUGGAUACAGUUGCAAUGCAUAUUCAUUUGGCACUAUCACAUAUGAUGCAGUCGUCGGAAGAACCGCCAUUAUUUAUCGUCACAUCAGAUCACGGGAUGCGUGAUAGUGGUGGUCACGGAGGCAGUUCAUAUGCAGAAGUCAAUGUGCCACUUAUCUUCCUCGGACCAUCUUGCAUACAAACAAACGAUACGUACAAUCAGAUUGAUAUAAGUGCCACGUUGUCUGUCUUACUUGGUUUACCAAUUCCUGCCUCUAGCAGUGGCCAGCUCAUACAUAAUUUACUAGAUGUAUUGUCAAUGGAGCAAAAAUUAUAUUGUUACUUUUACAACGGACAAACGCUUUUGGCAAAACUUACUCUAUUGAAUGAUGCAAUUGAAAAUGAAGAGUUCUUCUUACAAUUCAACGAUGCCAAAAAUGCGCACAAGAAAUUUCUUCAAUUAAAUGCCAAAGAAAACGACCGAUUACAGUAUUUCAAAUCAGCGGAACGUCAUUACAUCUCGUCGUCGAAGGAAAUGAGCAAUAGACUGGCCGAUUCUUAUGUGAAUUUUGAUCAUCUUUGCAUUGCGCUUGGCUUAUUUUGUUCACUAACGUCAUUUCUGUAUGUGGCUCUGAAAUUUGUGACAAAAGUUAAAAUCGACCCAAUCACCAUUCCGUUGAAGUUCACUACAUUAUUCAGUUUCAUAGCAAGCAUUCUACAUUGCAAUUUCCUUGGAAAUUCUAUAACAAAAUCAAGCUUUAGCGGCAUUCCAUUGUUCAGCAUAAUCUAUUUCGUGAUUUUCUCAAAUUUUAACUUUUUACUGAUAUUAAUUCGAAAUAUUGACCUUGUGACAUCGAUAAAAUCGAUGUGCAAGAUGACAAAUUUCCAAAAAUUCCUUGUAUUUGGAGUGAUAUUCCAUGCAGUAUCGACAUUCAGCAGUAGUUUCAUUGAAGAAGAACAUCAAAUAUGGUAUUAUUUGAACAAUACCAUUUGGUUAAUGUUGUAUGUGAUGGAAAGUCGGCAUUUUAUAAGUAAGCACCUGACACAAAAACCCGAAUCAAAUUCGACGGCUCUUGUGCAAAACCAAUUGAAAUGGGCAGUUUUACUUUGUGGCCAUUUGAUUGCACGCCGAUUAAAUCAAACAGGUGAUAAAUGGCUGAAUACACCGGACAUUGGUGACUGGCUGCAAAUGGAGGACAAUCGAAUUUGGAAUAGUUUAUUUGUUAGCGCUUCCCUUUUGCUCGCGUAUUUAACGUCUUUGGAUUUCGGAAAUAUUCUCACCAACGUUCUUACACUUACCGCAUGCAUGCUGAUUUACUACUAUCGAACGCUCAACGGUUCGGUUUACUUCGCUGGAAUUAAGCCAUCUGAUUCAACCGGUACGGCAUUGACGCUUUUUUGGCUGAAUAUCAUUGAAAUUGCUGCCAUCAACUAUGCACCAAUUCUGUUCAAUGCUUUAAAAUUAAAAAUUAGUCGUUUUGACAUCAAGUCAAUUUACGGAACGCUCGUCGUUUUAUCAACACUAGUCAUUGCGUUGACGCAUAAACCACAUAACAUAUUUUUAAUAUCACUCUUACUAUUCUCAUGCAACAAAAUCCAACAAAGUGUCCCAUUUUCCAUCGAUCAAAAUUCAAAGUCCGCUGGUUUGCUUGAGCAAUGUGUGCUGCAUUUGUGGAUCGGAAAACAAUUCUUCUUUUAUCAAGGGAAUUCGAAUAGUUUGGCAUCGAUUGACCUCGCAGCCGGUUACAUUGGUCUAAAUUCAUUUAAUUUUGCUGCAGUCGGAUUCUUUUUAACGUUGAAUACAUUCAGUGGACCAAUUUUAUCAUUUUUAACAUUCAUCCAUAACACUUAUGACUGCACUGGACAGUCAUCACAAACAAUUGUACUACCUCUGAUCGUGCUAUUAGUUGCAUUCCCAUUCAUUUUGUAUUUAUUCAUUAUUUUAGCACUAAGACAACAUUUAUUUAUUUGGAGUGUGUUUUCGCCACGUUUACUAUAUGAAUUUUACUAUUUGUGUUUGAUGUACCUGUUGUGGUAUUUUGUACGAAAUUUAAAUUAAGAAAAAUACCACUUUUACAAUAAAAUUCCAAAAUUAUAAAUUUUUUUAAAA